UUGGGCUUGAAAUUGUGUCAACCAUUAGUUGUAAAAUUAUUCAUUGCUUAUGUAGACAAUGAUCAAUAUAAAUGGCACGGAUAUGUCUAUACUGGACUACUGGUGCUCAUGAAUACCGUAUCCGGUAUAUUGAAUGCCUAUUAUAUACAAGCAAUCAAAUGUCUAGCUAUGAAAAUCACAUCAUCGGUAAUGUCGGCCGUCUAUCGCAAGUCACUGGUGUUGAGUAACGGUGCCAAACAUCAGACCAGUUAUGGCGACAUAACUAACCUAAUGGCUGUCGACUGUCAACGAGUUAAUGAUUAUUUCCAAUGGUUGGCAUAUGUUUUGGUCAUACCUUUACUCAUAGUUAUGACAACUGGUCUAUUGUAUACAGAGUUUAACUAUACAUCAUUUGCCGGCUUAGCCGUAGUGGUUGUCAUAUUUUCGGUACAAUACUAUGUUAUGAAAAUCGGUGUCAAAAUCGAUAGCCAAGAGCUUAUAUAUGCCGACAAUAGACUGAAUAUUACUAACGAAAUACUGAAUGGCAUUAAAAUAAUUAAAUUAUACGCCUGGGAACUACCGUUUAUGUCUAUAGUAUCCAAAUUACGUGAUCAGGAACUACUUAAAGCCAAACACCUGUACUAUGUGUUUGCUGUAUUGUAUGUCAUGUCAUACAUGUGUCCAAUGAUAUGUCAUUUAGUUAUAUUCAGUCUGUAUUUGGGACUGAAAUUUGCUGAACAAUUAACGGCUGAAAAGAUAUUUUUUUCCAUAUCAUUGAUGUCAGUGUUUAAGGAAAUCCUAUCAAAAUUAUCAUAUGUUUACAAUACUGUUGGUAUAAUGUACGUAACAUUCAAACGAUUCAAUGAUUUUCUCAAUUUGGAUGAACAUAACAACUAUGUGUCCAAUAAUAAUGAUAGCAAUGAUAAUAAUAAUAUGAUUGAUAUAAAUGGGGCAACACUUUCGUGGGACACACCUAUUAAUGACGAUACCAUUAGUACUGAUAUAAAAGAUCAUACAUUAAAUCAAAUUGAUUUGCAUAUCCGUGAGGGUAUGUUUGUGGCCAUAGUAGGCGAUGUCGGCUCCGGUAAGAGUUCACUGUUGUCGGCAAUUAUCGGCGAUAUGGAACUGAUUGAUGGGUCAGUCAAUGUUAGGCCGGGUAUCCAAACAGCUUAUGUUUCACAACAAGCGUGGAUACAGAAUGCAACCAUCAAACAGAAUAUUAUGUUUGGAAAGCCGUUCGAUGAGGAACUGUAUGGCCGGGUAAUAGAUAGCUGUGCUCUCAGACCAGAUAUACGACAACUGGCCGGCGGAGACCAGACAGAGAUCGGCGAGAAAGGCGUGAAUCUGAGUGGCGGUCAAAAACAAAGAGUCAGUUUAGGCCGAGCCGUCUAUUCCGGUGCCGAUCUAUACCUACUCGACGAUCCACUUUCUGCCGUGGACAGUCAUGUGGGCAAACAUUUGAUGACCGAAGUAUUGGACUCGAAAACCGGUAUUUUAGGUUCAAAAACCCGAUUGUUGGUCACCAAUCAACUGUUUAUGUUACCCGAUGUCGAUCUAAUAGUUGUCCUACAAAUGGGUAGAAUAGUAUCCGUCGGUACUUACCGGCAGUUAAUAUGCGAAAGCAAUUAUUUUCAACAACUAAUUAAUCAAUAUUUUAGUAGUAGUAGUAGUAGUAGUGAUGGGUUCACUGUUGAUGAUAGUGAACAGGGAGGGACAGGUAGUUUGAAGACAACAACAAAACUAUUAGUUAAUAAUAAUGUUAAUAAAGUUAAUAUAACAGCCGAUACUGAUGAUGAUGUUAUUGUUGUUGACGACAAUAUAGUUAGCAAUAAUAAUAAUAAUAAUAACGAAAAUGAUCAUGCUCAAUUGAUUGAUGAGGAGGGUGCUCAAAGUGGACACAUUGAUAUUAAGCUAUUCAUAAAAUAUGUCCGAUCAAUUAAUAAAAUGUUUCUAAUGAUUUGCCUACCGGUGCUUACUUUGUCAACCGGUAUCAACUAUGGUAUCAAUUUUUGGUUGGCCUACUGGUCAAAAAAUAUUACUACUAAUACUACUACUACUAAUAAUAAUAAUACCAUCACUAAUAACAACAGUCCAUUAUACUAUAUGAUAAUAUUUACAAUAAUGAUACUGGGUCAGCUGAUAUUGCAAACAGCGUACAGAUAUUUCUAUGCUAUCAGUAUUAUACGUACAUCGAAACGAUUGCAUAGGCAACUGUUGGCACGUGUUAUGCACGCACCCAUGGAGUUUUUCGAUACGACCCCGGUGGGCCGUCUAUUGAAUCGUUUCAAUAAGGAUAUGUAUCUGAUUGAUAUACAUUUGCCAGUUAUGUUCAGUCAAGCAUUAGAUUUUUUCCUACAAGUUAUCGGUAUUGUUGUGUCGAUUUCAAUACUGACGCCAAUGUUUUUGAUACCAUUAGGUGUGUCAGUCAUAGUAUACUAUUUUCUACAGUAUAUCUAUAUUAAUGCAUUGUGUCAAUUGAGACGCUUAGAGUCCAUAAGCCGAUCGCCAAUAUAUUCACAUUUAGGCGAAACAUUGAACGGUGUGUCCAGUAUUAGGGCCUAUGAUUGUAGGGAUAGGUUUAUACAGGAAUCGGAUAAUAGGAUCGACCAGAACUUGAAGUGUCUCUAUCCGUAUAUUAUAGCCAACAGUUGGCUAUUGAUUAGACUACAAGUCCUAAGCAAUUUGCUUGUACUGUUUGCUGCACUGUUUGGUGUCAUUGGGAAAGAUAGUCUAACCGGUGCCGACAUCGGACUGAUCCUCGCAAAUGCCAUUACAUUGACCGGUAUUUUAGAGUAUUUUAUCGAUGCUUUUGCACAAACCCAGGGAUAUCUGAUAUCAUUUGAACGGAUAGACGAAUACUGUAGUCUGAAAACUGAAGCCGACUGGCAAUCGGGUCAACAAUUGUCGGAUAAAUGGCCAGAAAAAGGUUGUGUCCGAUUUGACGGAUACGGUACCCGAUAUCGACAGGGAUUGGAUUUAGUUAUCAAAGGUAUUGACAUCGAUAUCAAAUCCGGAGAAAAGAUAGGUAUUGUUGGCCGAACCGGUGCUGGAAAGUCAUCGCUAACACUGGCAUUGUUUCGACUUAUUGAGCCAGCAAUGGGUCGUAUAGUUAUCGAUGGCAUAGAUAUCAGUCAAUUAGGUCUACACGAGUUGCGAUCGCGGCUGACAAUUAUACCACAAGAACCGGUACUGUUUUCGGGAACUAUUCGCUCAAAUUUGGAUCCGUUUGACAAGUUUUCCGACGACCAACUUUGGUUAGUGUUAGAUCAGUCGCAUCUCAAAGAGUUUGUACUGUCGACUGAUACCGGUCUCGACCAUCCGGUGACCGAAUCGGGUGAUAACAUGAGUGUCGGUCAGCGACAACUUAUAUGUCUGGCUCGGGCUCUACUCAGACACACGUCUAUCCUUAUCCUCGAUGAGGCCACGGCUGCCGUCGAUGUGGAAACCGAUUCACUCAUUCAACAAACUAUUAGACAAGAGUUUAAGUCGUGUACUGUCCUAACUAUUGCCCACCGAAUCAAUACAAUCCUUGAUUACAAUCGGGUGUUAGUCCUAAGCGACGGACGGGUAGCCGAGUUUGACUCACCCGACCAACUGCUUGACGACAGGACAACCAUUUUCUACUCACUGGCCAAAGAUGCCGGUGUUAUAAAAUGA